CCGUCUCUCUUUAUCCGCAGCAUAAACAGAGACUUUUCUGCAAAGAUGAAGGUUUCCGCCGUUAUCCUCGCUGUCGCCUCUCUGGCCAGCGCUCACUACACUCUCCCCAGCAUCAACGGCGGCGUACCGUGGGCUCACGUCCGCCAAGCCAAGAACUGGCAGGACAAUGGCUUCGUCGGUGAUGUCACCAGCAACGAUAUCCGCUGCAACCAGCUGAAGCCUGGCACUGCCACCAUGACCGUCGCCGCUGGUUCCAGUGUUAAAGUCAGCGUCAACCCCAACGCCUACCACCCAGGCCCAUUCCAGUCAUACCUUGCCAAGGUACCCGCAGGUGCAGACAUCAACACCUGGGACCCCACUGGCGCAGUCUGGUUCCGCAUCUACGCCGAGCAGCCCAAGUUUGGCAACCAGCUGACCUGGUUGGCCGCUGGCACCUACGACAUCAAGAUCCCCCAGUGCAUUGCCCCCGGCAAGUACCUUAUGCGCAACGAGCACAUUGCCAUCCACACUGCCGGCCAAAGGGGCGGCGCACAAUUCUAUCUCUCCUGCGCACAAAUCGAGGUCACCGGUGGCGGCAGCACGUCGCCAAGGAACCUUGUCGCCUUUCCAGGCGCCUACAGCGCUACUGACCCAGGUAUCUUGAUCAACAUCAACUACCCCAUUCCUACUAGCUAUGUUAACCCUGGCCCACCUACCUUCACUUGCUAGAGUGCCUUGGGUAUGUAGGAGUGGUGAAGUAGCAACACUGGGGUCCUGUAUAUAGAUUAUUUUUUCUCCAUCCCUGCUGUUGUUGAGGAAGACUUGAAUGAGGUUGGGAGGGUAGAAAGCUUUUUUUUUGCCUUCCCUCGAGCUCUAUAUGAUAUGAUAUUAUUAUAGAGAAUGUAAAUAUGUUCUAUGGAUAUACUUUCUUGAAACGAUACACGCAC